AUGAUUUUCUUGAUUUAUAACUUUUUUAAAAAGCAAUGCUUCGAUAAUAUAGGAAAAAUAGGAUGCAUGUUACAGUUAACCCUUUUAUUAAAAUUGAUAACAAUAGUGUUUAUAUUUUCAUUUUAUUAUCAAUUUUUACCAUGGUAUAUUUAUAUUUCUUUUUCAUUUGAUUUUGCUACAAUGAUUUUUGGAUUUAUAUCAAGUUAUAGUAGAAGAUCGGUUUUAUUAUUUAUUUUUUUCUUAUUUAGUUUAGUUUUAUUUUUAUUUGACUUUAUACCAUUAAUUUUGAUGAAUUCAGAUAUAUGGAGCGAUUUUUCUGGUACAAUUACACCAAAAGAUAUAUUUCAAUCAAUUUGCGAAAUUAUCUGGUUUUCAACAGAAGUAUUAACAAUGCACUUUGCAAGAAAACAAAGAUCAAUAAUAGAAUACGAAAAUGAUAUAAUAAGGGAAGAAAAAGACAAUACAUCAACUAACCAAGAUAAAAAACCAUCAUUAAUAAUUUGUGUUGAUGGUUAUCAAAACGAAACAAAUAGCAAUAGUAAUACAACAAUUAUAAAACAAAUUGAUGAAAAUCACUAUAUAAUUAAUAUAAAUAAUAAUAAUAAUAAUAAUAAUAAUAAUAAUAAUAAUAAUAAUAAUAAUAAUAAUAAUAAUGACAGUAAUAAUAAUAAUAGUACAUUUUGUAAAGAUAAUAAUUUAAAUGAACAAAAAAACCAACAAUAUUCUUUAAAUCAAAGACCACAAGAUGAUAAUCAUUUUAUAUCAAUAGAUUUAUCGGAAAAUACAACAUCAACAUUAAAAUCUACAGAAAUAAGUCCAAAUUAA